CUUUGUGCUGGGCGGAUGUGUGCGCGCUUUUGUCGUCUGGGGAAAUCGUUGGAGAAUCGCUACUUCGAGCUACGAACUUCGAACCCAAAAGCUAGCCGCUUGGCGUUCCGUUAGCCCCGCCCACCGUCCCGUCGCCGCCGACCACCCCCCGCCCGUCUGCCUACACCCACACUCGAGGAAAAGCUGAAGAAAAGCGCGCGCGACAAGUGAAGCGCACAGGUUAUCUGUGCUCGUAUGGGUGAAACAGUGAAGCAGUGUUUAUUUGUGUGAUUUCUUUUGUUUGCUGGCCAAUUGUGGAGCUUAAUUGAAUGCUUGUCUCAUAUGGGCCAACAGAACCCACAGGCCGAAAACAACAACAACGCUUCAGCAAAAGCCUACUGUUUCGCAACGCCAUAAAAAAGCAUAUAUAUUGGAAAAAAAAGAGGAGAAAUACCAAAGCAACACAUAUACGCGAACAUAUCGACAAGAAGAGAAGCUAAGCCAGAAAUACUAUAUAUAUAUAUACAUAUAUAGCAUAUAAAAAAACCAGUUUCAAGCCGCCGCAGCGGUAGCAGAAGCAGCGCAGUCGCAGCGUUUCGGCCGAGCUCCUGUGACACGAUCUACACAUCAUAAAAGAACUUUGACGCCUAAGUGAAUUUCAAACAAAUCAGCAAAGCAGGGAAUAAAUAAAUCAUUUGAGGCACCCAAUAGAGACAUGCCACCCACCGAACUGAGGAGACUGGUCCUGGGCGUGGUCAUCGCCACCGUGGUCCUGGCGCUCGGAGCUGGAGGAGUCCUGGGCGAGAGCUCGUCCACCUGCGGACCCAACUUCCCGGCGGCUUGCAGCUGCGGCAGGGAGUUGUACGAGAGCGAGACGCAGUACGUGGUGAACUGCACGAACGCCGGACUGCGGAACACCAGUGUGCUGGAGUUCAUGCCCGACCAGGUGGAGGUGCUCAUCUUCACGGGCAACCGCAUCGCCGAGCUGCCGUGGAACGUCUUCGGCAGCAUCAACGACUACAAGCAGCUGCGCAUCGUGGACAUGAGCAGCAACCACAUCCGCGAGAUUCGCGGCAAGAGCUACCACCAUGUGCCGCGCGUGGAGCGCCUGAUCCUUAACCACAACAAUCUGAGCAUCUCGCGGUUCGACGACGAGGUGAACCACCACCAUCCGCGCGUCUUCUCGAACUUCAUAAACCUGCAGAGUCUGCACCUGACCGAUGCCUUCGAGGACAACAGUUCGCCGCAGCUGAGCGAGGAUCUGCACGACAUCUUCGUGAACAGCCAACUGGUUAAGCUGCAGAAGCUGCAUCUGGAGCAGAACGAGAUCACGCACUUCAAGGACCGCAACGUCUUCUGCGAUCUGCCCUCGCUGCGCGACCUCCACCUGGGCGACAACGAGCUGCGCGACCUCAACUUCGAGGUGCGCUGCCUAAACAACCUGCGCUUCCUCGAUCUGGAGCGCAACAAGUUCGGCUUCGUGAAGCCCAGCGAUCUGCGGGUGCUCAACGAGCUGGAGGAUCGCCCCAACCGCACGGCUAACCUGAUCGUGGACUUCAACCUAAACCCCUUCGUCUGCGACUGCCGCAUCGCCCCGUUCCGCACGUGGAUACCCAGCACCCGAGUGACGGUGCGCAACAAGGACAGUCUGAUGUGCUUCCACUCGCCGGGCCGCGUGGACUCCUCGCCCGUCCACCUCCUCCAAAUGGACAUGGGCCAGUGUGCGGACGCUAUUGCCGCCGCUGCCACCAUCCUGAACACCGCCGAGCAGGAGCAGCGCUACGGGGGCGCUGAGGCGUCUGUCCAGCCGCAGGCCCACAUCAGCGGACACACGGCCACCCUGAUCUUCCUGCUGAUCGUGCUUAGCAUGAUCCUGCUCGGACUGCUGGUGGCGCUCGUUUACGUCAGCCGCGACAAGUUGAAGUACAUGAUCACGCCGGUGUUCGACAAUGUGGCCAAGAAGGUGCAGUACACAUCGAUCAAGGACGAGGACUGCCCGGAGGUGCACGUUUAGAGAUCACACAACCAUACUUCAUCCACAGGAUUAACACAAAAAGAGAAAGGGAAAGGAUUGAUACCCGGUUUUCAAUUAAAAAUCCGAUCAAAAGAUGAUGCCAUUUAGAGUUCUAAAAAUUUACUCAAAUUCACAAGUUCCUGCCACUUAAAAUUGCUAAGGAUUUUGUAGGGAUUUCUUCAGUAGAAAUUGUACUUUCUGGCUAAAGCAAUAAUUUUAAAAUUAUAAAACUUUGAAACUAAAAGAAAUUUGGACAAAAAAAAUUUGCAAUCUUUAAAACUUGAUCGGAUUUGAACCCGAAACCGGCCCCAUCAACCUCAGUUUCGUUUUUGCCAUUCGCGUUACGCAAAACGUGUGCCAUUCACAACAGACGGGGAUGAGAAGGAGGAGAUAAUUGGAUCACUUUAACAUAUAGUCCUAACCCGAAUAAGGACUCCAGCCUCUUGUUUCGUAGUACUUAAGCCAAUUGUUGCAUUUAACAACAGAUGGAAUGUGGCCGCAAAAAUUACUGCAACACAACCAACCACAUAACACGGGCAGCACACAAUUUCGUUAGUCUUAGCAGUUUUCUAACUUAACCUUAAGUCAGUUAUACGUUCUAUGAUUUCCACACAAAGGAAAGGAAUCGUACGAGAUGAGAAGAAGGCAAAGCGGGCCUAUAACAACCGAUUUGACCACACAUAUAUAGUGACAUAUAUAUAUAUAUAUAGAAACAGACACAUAUAUAUAUACAUGCAUAUAUCGUAACAAACACUUUAGUGUUAUCUGUGAUUUAAGUUUAGUAGCUUUACUUUGUUAAAACUCUGCAGAACGAACAUUUUAAAUCGAAAUUGGUCAAAAACAAACUUCAAUUCUUUUUAUAGCAUAACAGAUAAUUCUAUACUUAAAGAUAUGUAAAAUGUUUUGAUGCUUAAUAUGUUGUUAAUCAAUUAAUUUGUCAAUUAUACUAGCUAUACGAUGAUUUCACCCUUGAUUUACUACCAUUAACAAGCAUUUUUUAUAAAUAAACUUUUGAAAAAUGAAA